UUUAGUUCUCAGCUGAACCUCAAUGAAGAAGGUGUGGGUGUGUUGAACCUCAAUAACCCAAAGACUGUGUGAGGUUUUCUGGGUUCCUUCCUUCCAGUCCACCUCUGCAUGCUGUUUGCGCUAAUAAGGUGUGUAUGUGUUCGUGCGCGCUCUAUAGGUAUGCCAGUCUGUAUUUCUGCUGUGCGGUGGAGGAGCAGGACAACGAACUCAUCACUCUAGAGGUCAUCCACCGCUUCGUAGAGCUACUGGAUAAGUACUUCGGCAGUGUGAGUCUCUCGCUCUCUCUCUCAUUUGACUUCUCUAGCCAACUCUUUCAUUAUCUCUUUAGCCAACUUCAUUCUCUCGCUCCAACUGCUUAUUUCUCACCUCCACUCUCAUCUCAUCAGAUAUUUUCCAUUUCAUCCUCCCUGCUUCUCUUCCAUUUCAUCCUCCCUGCUUCUCUUCCAUUUCAUCCUCCCUGCUUCUCUUCCAUUUCAACCUCCCUGCUUCUCUUCCAUUUCAUCCUCCCUGCUUCUCUUCCAUUUCAUCCUCCCUGCUUCUCUUCCAUUUCAACCUCCCUGCUUCUUCCAUUUCAUCCUCCCUGCUUCUCUUCCAUUUCAUCCUCCCUGCUUCUCUUCCAUUUCAUCCUCCCUGCUUCUCUUCCAUUUCACCCUCCCUGCUUCUCUUCCAUUUCAUCCUCCCUGCUUCUCUUCCAUUUCACCCUCCCUGCUUCUCUUCCAUUUCAUCCUCCCUGCCUCUCUUCUAUAUUACUACCGGACAAUCUAAGGAUUUUCAUGUAAGUCGAUGACUCGCACCAUAUGCUGUUUAUUCCCGCUCACUGUCCCUCUGUUGAUCUAUUCAACUCUCCAUAUUUUCCACCAGUGUCGUCUGUCGGCUAUACAGCCAAUUUGGUUUAGACAUAUUUUCAGCCGGCUGCUUUUUCCACAUAAAUUAACUAGGCAACUUUUCAAUUCACUAGUCAGAAAAAAGUCUGCCGAGCCCCCAACCAUUAGAAUGAACGACAUGGAUCUUCUAGCAAUCUUUUGACAGGCGCCUGUCAGUCACAAAGUGAGCGCUGACAGGGAAACACAGCUGGUUUGACAGUCUGCUGUCUGUCCCGCAUCUCGUUACCUGGGUGUGUGUGUGUGUUGUGUGCGCUGUGGUUGCAGUCGAAUUUCUUUACACAGAGGGAGAACGCAUGAUUUUGCAGGUCCCAUAUAGUAGUGUGGUAACGACGAUUCGAAAUCCACUUAGCCUAUUGUUUGCUGGCACAUACAUUUACCAAGCAAAUCAACCAUAUGUAUUUAUAAAGCCCUUUUUACAUCAGCAGAUGUCACAAAGUGCUUAUACAGAAACCCAGCCUAAAACCCCAAAGAGCAAGAAAUGUAGAUGUAGAAGCAUGGUGGCUAGGAAAUACUCCCUGGAAAGGCAGGAACCUAGGAAGAAACCUAGAGCGGAACCAGGCUCUGAGGAGUGGCCAGUCCUCUUCAGGCUGUGCCGGAUGGAGAUUAUAAGAGUACAUGGCCAUUAAGGCCAGAUCGUUCUUCAAGGUGUUCAAACGUUCAUAUAAUGAACAAAAAUAUAAAUGCAACAUGUAAAGUGUUGGUCCAAUCUUUCAUGAGCUAAAAUAAAAGAUCCCUGAAAUGUUCCUAUGCACAAAAAGCUUAUUUCUCUCUAAUUUUAUGCACAAAUUAGUUUACAUCCCUUUUUUGUGAGCAUUUCUCCUUUGCAAUAUCAAUAAGCUGAUUAAACAGCAUGAUCAUUACACAGAUGCACCUUGUGCUGGGGACAAUAAAAGGCCACUCUAAAAUGUGCAGUUUUGUCACACAACACAAUGCCACAGAUGUCUGAAGUUGAGGGCGCGUGCAAUUGACAUGCUGUCUGCAGGAAUGUCCACCAGAGCUGUUGCCAGAGAAUUCUACUAUAAGCCGCCUCCAACGUCGUUUUAGAGAAUUUGGCAGUACAACUUACCGGCCUUACAACCGCAGACCACGUGUAACCACUCCAGACCAGGACCUCCACAUCCGGGUUCUUCGCCUGCAGGAUUGUCUGAGACCAGCCACCUGGACAACUGAUGAAACUGAGGAGUAUUUCUGUCUGAAAUAAAUACCUUUUUGUGGGGAAAAACUCAUUCUGAUUGCCUCCCCAGUGGGUGGGCCUGUGCCCUCCCAGGCCCACCCAUGGAUGGGCCUAAUGAAUUUAUUUCAAUUGACUGAUUUCCUUAUAUGAACUGUAACUCAGUAAAGUCGUUGAAAUUGUUGCAUGUUGCGUAAUAAUCACCGUGGUUAUAGAUGGUGCAACAGGUCAGCACCUCAGGAGAAAAUGUCAGUUGGCUUUUCAUAGCCGAGCAUACAGAGGUCGAGACAGCAGGUGCAGUAGAGAGGGGGUCGAAACAGCAGGUCCGGAAUAAGGUAGGACGUCUUGUGAACAGGUCAGGGUUCCAUAGCCGCAGGCAGAACAGCAGAAACUGGAUCAGCAGCACAACCAGCUGUGACGGGGAUAGCCAGGAGUCGUCAGGCCAGGUUGUCCUGAGGCAUGGUCCUAGGGCUCAGGUCCUCUGGGAGGGUAGAGAGGGUGAGAGAGAUGGGAGAAUUAGAGGGAGCAUACUUAAGAUCACACAGGACACCAAAUAAGACAGGAGAAUUACACCAGAUAUGACACUAACCCUAGACCCCCCGCACAUAGACUAGGGGUCGUGGGACACUGUGGCCCUGUUCGACGAUACCCCCAGACAGGAUAUAACCCCACCCACUUUGCCAGAGCACAGCCCCACAUCACCAGAGGGAUAUGAACAGACCACCAAUUUACUACCCUGAAACAAGGCAGAGUAUAUCCCACUAAGAUCUUCCCCACCGCAUGAGACCGAGGGGGCGCAAAAUCGGACAGGAAGAUCAUGUCAGUGACUCAUCCCACUCAAGUCGAGUAUAACUAUCCAGCUCCACUCCACAUUUAAUUCUAAAUGCCUACUGCUUGCAAAAUAUUUAUUUUUUACUAUAUACAUAGUUUAUUUGCAGGAUAAGGAUUGUCCUGAAUUUCAAGAAUGCCUGAAUUUCUUCGUCUUGCUUUUCUGGUUGGCUGGCAAUUUUCACCAUCCAAUUAUUUUAGUUUCACCAAUGCACGGACCGUGGCGAUACGUUGGCGCAUGAGAAUUAUUCGAAUAUGGCAAAUAUUAGUCAAUUAUUGCAUUCUAUCCAUGCUGGCUUUCGCAGGCUACCGGAGACAAUCAUACCUGUCAUACCUGUAUUGCAGAUGGCUGAGAAAAUGCCUCUUAAAAGGGAGCUUGAAGCCUGUGAAAGUCAGCAGACUCUUACAGGAUUCUUUAAAGGCCCAGUGCAGUGAAAAUGUAGUUUUUCCUAUGUUUUAUAUCAUAUUGUAGAACAGCUGAUGAAACUUAACACUGUAGAAGUGCAAAAAUGUUUUGGAUCAGUGUUAAUACCUGAUUGCUGCUGGUAAAAUAUACAAUCUAGCAUUAGAAUGUACGUACCAGAGGCCACCAAAAUAGGGCUUGUUCUGCAAAAAUAUCUUAACCUGGGAGAACCCCCGCGCACCCCCCCGGCCAAGGGGAUCUUGGCUGGCUACUUUUUCGAUUUGGCUGGCUCCUCCAUGUGCUUGUGGAAAACACUGCUCUCCACUCCCUAGCUUUGCUUAUACUCUUCUAUUGUGUAAUUGGUGUACGUUUCCUGUAUAUAUUGUAUAUACUGUAUGUAGACUGUGUCAAUUCCUCUGUCUAUAUUUUGUCUAUUGAUGUUGGCACCAUUUCACCAAGUCAAAUUCCUGGUAUAUGUAAAUGUAAUUGGCGAAUAAAGGUGAUUCUGAUUCCACUCUGUGUGUGUGCCCUGGCAGGUAUGUGAGCUGGACAUCAUCUUUAACUUUGAGAAGGCCUACUUUAUACUGGAUGAGUUUCUGAUGGGGGGGGAGAUCCAAGACACGUCCAAGAAGAGUGUACUCAAGGCCAUCGAACAGGCCGACCUACUACAGGAGGUAGGAUUCAGAUUUAGAAAACUUUAAUUCCUCAAUGAGGCAAUUCAUCUAGCAGCAAACACAAUACAUACAAACGAAAUCACAUAUUUAAAAACCGAUAGCAAAGGAUAUUUACUGAAUAAGUUGUUUUUAAAAAGACGUCAAAAUUAGGCUUCAUGUACAGUGAGGGAAAAAAGUAUUUGAUCCCCUGCUGAUUUUGUACGUUUGCCCACUGACAUGAUCAGUCUAUAAUUUUAAUGGUAGGUUUAUUUGAACAGUGAGAGACAGAAUAACAACAAAAAAAUCCAGAAACACGCAUGUCAAAAAUGUUAUAAAUUGAUUUGCAAUUUAAUUAGGGAAAUAAGUAUUUGACCCCUCUGCAAAACAUGACUUAGUACUUGUUGGCAAUCACAGAGGUCAGACGUUUCUUGUAGUUGGCCACCAGGUUUGCACACAUCUCAGGAGGGAUUUUGUCCCACUCCUCUUUGCAGAUCUUCUCCAAGUCAUUAAGGUUUCGAGCCUGACGUUUGGCAACUCGGACCUUCAGCUCCCUCCACAGAUUGGAGACUGGCUAGGCCACUCCAGGACCUUAAUGUGCUUCUUCUUGAGCCACUCCUUUGUUGCCUUGGCCGUGUGUUUUGGGUCAUUGUCAUGCUGGAAUUCCCAUCCACGACCCAUUUUCAAUGCCCUGGCUGAGGGAAGGAGGUUCUCACCCAAGAUUUGACAGUACAUGGCCACGUCCAUCGUCCCUUUGAUGCGGUGAAGUUGUACUGUCCUCUUAGAAGAAAAACACCCCCAAAGCAUAAUGUUUCCACCUCCAUGUUUGACGGUGGGGAUGGUGUUCUUGGGGUCAUAGGCAGCAUUCCUCCUCCUCCAAACACGGCGAGUUGAGUUGAUGCCAAAGAGCUCGAUUUUGGUCUCAUCUGACCACAACACUUUCACCCAGUUCUCCUCUGAAUCAUUCAGAUGUUCAUUGGCAAACUUCGGACGGGCCUGUAUAUGUGCUUUCUUGAGCAGGGGGACCUUGCGGGCGCUGCAGGAUUUCAGUCCUUCACGGCGUAGUGUGUUACCAAUUGUUUUCUUGGUGACUAUGGUCCCAGCUGCCUUGAGAUCAUUGACAAGAUCCUCCCGUGUAGUUCUGGGCUGAUUCCUCAACGAUCUCAUGAUCAUUGCAACUCCACGAGGUGAGAUCUUGCAUGGAGCCCCAGGCCGAGGGAGAUUGACGGUGCUUUUGUGUUUCUUCCAUUUGCGAAUAAUCGCACCAACUGUUGUCACCUUCUCACCAAGCUGCUUGGCGAUGGUCUUGUAGCCCAUUCCAGCCUUGUGUAGGUCUACAAUCUUGUCCCUGACAUCCUUGGAGCGCUCUUUGGUCUUGGCCAUGGUGGAGAGUUUGGAAUCUGAUUGAUUGAUUGCUUCUGUGGACAGGUGUCUUUUAUACAGGUAACAAACUGAGAUUAGGAGCACUAAUCCUAAUCUCAGCUCGUUACCUGUAUAAAAGACACCUGGGAGCCAGAAAUCUUUCUGAUUGAGAGGGGGUCAAAUACUUAUUUCCUUCAUUAAAAUGCAAAUCGAUUUAUAACAUUUUUGACAUGCGUUUUUCUGGAUUUUUGUUGUUGUUAUUCUGUCUCUCACUAUUCAAAUAAACCUACCAUUAAAAUUAUAGACUGAUAAUUUCUUUGUCAGUGGGCAAACGUACAAAAUCAGCACGGGAUCAAAUAAUUUUUUCCCUCACUGUACAUGAUAGGAGUGAUCUCUCUAAUUAAAAAGAAGGAAAAACUCCAGCACACUGGUAUUCUUGAUACUUUGAACAAUUUGAUGGAUCUAUUUACUACCAACGUUUCGGUCUGUUGACCUCCUUCAGGGUAUCUCUCUACCUCACUAUGUGCCCUAUUCAGGCUUGAGAUGAGUUGAUUUGCCAUACGUAAAAAUGUAUGCGCACAUGACUAAGUCGCUUUGGAUAAAAGCGUCUGCUAAAUGGCUUAUUAUUAUAUUAUUGAUUUAACACGGACUUAAGUCAAUUUUAAAAAAACUUAAGUCCAUGUUUUAUUGACUUAAGUCCACGUUGAGUCUACUUAUAUCAAGUCUGAAUCGGGCCUUAUGACUUUACCUAACAUCACUAUGAAUGAUGUAGUUUUAUUUGUCACCAAUUAUUCUGAGCCAUCUGUUCCCCGUCUCCCCCUACAGGAGGACGAGUCUCCAAGAAGUGUUCUAGAGGAGAUGGGCCUGGCGUAGUGACAGCAGGGUACUCUGAUCCCAGCACUUUUUAUCAGGCGACAGACGAAGAGACAGAGGACUUUAGGUUACAUGUGCAAAAGGGUGGAGGAAAGGGGGUUUGACGUGUGUGUGUG